AUGGCGUCCAAAUCCCGAACCGCGCAAGAGCAACUGGCGGAACUGGAGAAGGCAUCUGCGCCAUUCGCAGACCAACUUGUGGAAGCUGCAAAAUUCAUUGGGGAGGAUUUAGAUACGCUCAUGAGCUGUUCAGAAGAUGCCACCAAAACCGAGAAAUCCCUUAAAUCUACAAUCUAUCAUGGACGAGAAGAAUGGUUGUUGCGCUGGUUGUUGAAGAAACUACAAGCACCCAAAGAUGAGGUGCCAAGACAACAGCCUUCGUCAUGGUGGCUCUUCCUCUACCUCAUAAGAGCCAUACCGCUGCCAAUUGUGGCUCGCCUACUUAUCGAAAAGAAGUUCAUGGCCAUUCUCCGACAGACAUUAGACGAAGCACACAAGAGAACAAAAUUGAAGGCAACGACAGAUGAGAAACUAUCGCAAUCGAGUCCUGAGGAGAUAAAACAACCAUCUAAGAAGUCCAAGAAGCGGAAGCGCUCACCAGAGCUUAUUCAGGGCAUAGACGGUACCGAGGAAGGUGGAUUGAAACCUUUACUCGAGUCUAUACAUGCAACAUUGCAAUUCAUGGUUCAGUCUACAAGUCCUGCCGCAGGGGCAUCGGACGAAGAAACAAGCAGCUCGUUCUUGGCGGAAUACAUGAAGACGGUCACUAGGACUUCGGCCCAAGAAUCAGCUGAAAUAUUGGGGCUAUGGUUGUCAUUAUCAGUCGAGAUCUUAAAAGCAAGGGAAAACUCGAUCAAGGAUAUUGCAUUUUGGAUUUCCCCUUUCAUCGAGAUAUGGCAAGUUCGAGCAGCGGACGAGAGUGGUUUGGUGAUGUUUUCUCUGCACACCACACAAUCACUUCUACAACUGCUCCGAGCUGUGAAGAAGCGGCAUCUCACGGUACCUGAUUUGAAGGCACAACUGGAACAACUAAUCGCCCGCAAUAUAAUGAUACCAGCAAAGUUGGCGAAUAUGGAGGACAGCCACGCCGUCCUUCUCGAAACUUUAACGAGGAUCCCGGUUAUUCAGGAGACUGCCAAUGCUCCGGUUCUUUUCGAUGUUGCAAUCAGGUCGAUCCAGAGUCAUGGCUCCCGAUGGCGGAGGCCACAGGACGAUGCUUGGCUCCAGACUGUUUUCACCACGCUCCAUAAAGCAUUCGUACCUGAGAGACAUGAAGCGAACAGCAAGGCUCUAUGCUCUAUGCUUCACAGUGCUAUAAAGUUUAAGGUUGAUCUUGAUCUCCCAACCUUGAGCAAUAUUACCUCACAAUACGCUUUGACUGAGGACCGCACCGACUGGACCCUCCUGGCAGCACUAAUACAACUUGAUGCCAACGUUUUCCUAAUUCCAGAUGUCAAGCUUGAUCUUUUAAAUAAGCUACUAACGAAGGUCACCAAGGCGUCUAUUCAGACAGAUUGGGCAGAUAUCGCGGACCAAAUUGUUCUGGAUGUCUGUGUACCACUCAUGACUGAAUUUUCGAAGGCCCGAGACCUCUCUGGAUUUAUACGUCACUGGUUUGCCCAGCUUGUUGAGUUUGAGAGACUACGACAAGAGACCCGGCUCUUCUCAAUGAAACUGUUCAGUGCAUGGGAAGAUGAUGCGCUCCAGGAGGAACUCGGCAAGCUCUUAGAGCCAUCUUUAACAGCUCAACAGAUUACUCAGAUCCUCAACUGGCUGGCGUCGGAGGCUACGGAACAUCCAAAUGCUGUCUCUGUCAUUCUACAGGCAAUAUCCGGAUCAAUAUCUCAAGAAGAAGUUGUUGAUAUAGUCAAUAUACGUCUCUGUACCAUCAUGUUUGAGAAUGGCAGAUGGGAAAAACUAGAUGUGCGGUACUCGUGGCGAUGCUGGAAAAUAAUCUCUCAAAGCCUGCAGUGGGUCAUGCCUCCAGGUAUUGACGAGCUUGCUUCUCUACUAGAGGAGCAAGCAAAGCCAUUUAAAGCUUUGAUGAACAAGGCUUGUUCAGGCACGCUUCUUGAUACUUAUGGCGGAAACACAGUGAGCCUUGAUGGUCUUGAAAUGCUACGAUGUGGGUGUGCUCUGUGGAGCACCGUAGGAAUCGGGAGUCAAUCGGAAGGAACAUUACGAUCAAUGAUGUUUCGAUUCAUAAUGCUUCUAUAUCGCGAUCUUAAGACGUUUCCUCAGGACUUAUUGGCAGACACAGACCUUGGUCUGACGGCAUGCAGCUCACGACAGAAUACGCUCUAUCGGGACAUCGGCUGGACGGUUUGGUCUCUUGUUAGGUGCAUAUUUGUGGAGUAUCCAAAAGCCCUCGAAUUUGCCUCUGAUAUGAAAGGAGAGGAUGAGUUCGGACAGCUACUACAGAUUGUCUUCUGGCUCUGCUCUGCGAGUACUCGCGACGCUGACAAUAAGAUCGGCUGGCUUCAACUUAAUUCGGAAGCUUUCCCCGAUAUAUGGAUGUUUACUCUACAGAGUGAUAUGGUUCUCAACUGCCCGGCAAUCAUUGAAAAAAUUAUGGACAUCAUGUUGGCAGAUGAUUCCAAUAUUAAAAAUCCACUGAUUAAGUCACCGUCUUUGAACAUAUUCGCCAUUCAGUCUCUACUUGAACUACCACUCGAAAUAUUCUCUAAGAAGAAUAGGGAGUGCAUCAUGACGAAAUGGACACCAGUUCACGAAGAAUCUUCGACAGAGAAGGCGGACGAGUCAAAGUUGGCUGCUGCAGAGCCUGCUGUUCUCAGCUUAAAGAUAAAGAUAAUGCAUCGUCCCACAUUCUACGAAGAUAUGAGUUUUCAACACCUGGCAAAUCUAGCGAAUGUUCUUGCAGAUCCCGAAAUCGACUCUCCAGAUGUUAGUCUUAAGCUAUUCAAAGAACUGGCCCGGCAAACUUUCAGUCAAAUGACUGAAAAUAUGGAUCAAUCUCGGAGUAAAGCAUAUAUCGGGAGUGCUCUAGGUGAUAUCAAGAAGGAGCUGAGCCCACAUGAAUCGAAGACGGAAAAGCGAUUGAGCUACUCAAAAUUGAGCUAUUCUAUGAUUGCUCUGAUCGACGUUGCCCUCUCGAUUCUUCGCGAUAAGGCAGCUUCAUUGAAUGACUUGGACAUCAUCAGCAGCUCCAAACUACGAAAACUUUCAAAUGCUUUUAAGGAAUAUCUUCUCAGUCAUCUAGAGAUCCUUGUUGGCAAACUCGCAAAAGGAAGCUCUAGUAAGCGGAAGAGUGGCAGAGCUGGCUACCAUCUAGCAUUAAUCUGCGCCAUCGACGCAUUAUCAGCUUUGGGGGCGACCUCUUCGGAGCUAGCCGCCUUCACUGACAAAGCUAAGCUGCUGACUAGCUCUGGGAGCUUUAUGAACGAUUCUAGCUUCCAUACUGGAAGAAAGCUCGAGGCGUUCUUAGCUGCACAUAGCACCGAAAGUGGAGAUACCAACUUCGCCGCUCAACUCAAGGGUGACAUCUCAACAGUCGACGGACGACUAUCGAUUCUAGAAACGACGCAAGCUGCAACCGCGGAUGUUCGAAAAUCUUCCGAAGAGGAGACGGAUGAGAACGACUUUGAUCUAUCCAUGGCAUAUUCUAUACUUUGCAGUCAUCUGUGGAAGGCUACGGGGCUUCGUCAGUUCUGCCUCAUAAGCGAGACUAUGGAAUUGAUGCUCCAGACCAAGGGCCGUUCCAUGACUCAAUGGAAUAUAGACAACACCCUCGGCAGCAUAACCAUCAUGUGCUCCCGCAACGGCCCAAAAAUCAAUCCCAACCGAGCCGGAACGAUCUAUCUGCAUCUCUGCCACCUCAUGCAGGCAGUCCUCACAUCGCACCGUUUAAAGCUAGAAGGGCAUUUCCACCUCGUAGUGCAAGUAAUGCAAACGCUCCUCCGCUGCCUGUUCACUCCACUUCCGCACAGCGCGUCCAAAACCACCAAAUUCCUUGUCCCACCACCCUGGCUCUCAUCGCCAAAACACCAACUCACAGCCAAGCACGCCGAAGCUUAUACGCGUCUCGUAACCAUGAUCUGCGACCCGACCGUAUCCUCAGUCACUCGCUCAGGCCACAACAGGCUCAAUUCCGCAACAGCCAAAGCGAAGGGCAUGGCGGCGCAGCAUAUGCAAUUCGCACUCACCACGUAUGUAAAAUUACAACUUGAAAUGCGCAUGUUGCCGGAAAUCCGAGAGAAGAUGAUUCCUGGCCUGUACGCUAUCCUUGAUACUACGACGCCUGAGAUGAGGAGGAUGAUCAAUGAUGGAUUAGAUGCCAGUGGGCGUGCGGUGUUUGUUAGCUUGUAUAGAGAUUAUAUGAAGUUUGGGAAGUGGAAGGGCUCUUAG